AUGGGCGACCUACCGCCUCGUAGGGUCGUCGAUGCCCUAGUGGCACACUUUGCUCGAGCGCAUGUGCACUCCAAGAUAUUUGUUUCACGGUGGACGACGGAAACUUACAACUGCACUCUCACUUCUGAUGCACAAUGUGAGGGUGGUGGCAUGUGGGGCGCGCAGGCGGGGUGGUGGUGCGGCGCGCUGGCGGCCGCGCUGGUCGCGCUGCUCGCGCUGUGCCGCCGCGCCAAGCGAGCGCCGCCCGUCCACGCGCCGCCUGUCACACAGGUGCACAUAGUGUGUGGUGGAGUAGCGCGUGUGACCCGUGCGGGGACUCCCCCUGAGCCAACACGUGCCUGCGCCACCUUCACCGCAGCGCCUGCGCCCGACCCCCCACAGCCCCCUGCCAACCCCCCGCAACCCCCUCAUAUUCUUAUCGUACAAAACUACUCUCAAAAUACAGUCCCCCAACAAUCUGAUAGUCCUCAACCUUCAAGUUCGCAAGGUUCAAAGCAGUUCGACUAUCGGGGAAUCCCCAAAUUACCUCUUCCUGAACAGUGGCUUCAUAAACGCCCUUUCGACUACAAAUAUUCUGCCAUUCCUCGGCCCUUAGCCCAAAUUGUCAGCUCGGAUCUCCUUUUGGACCAGCAAAGGGAAUCGCGUGCGAAAAAAUACAGUGCGACGAGAUCGCCUUCCUUGGAAAAAGACGAAAAGUCGCCUUUCGUGAGCAGCGCGAAGUUGGAAGAUAGAGAAGUUUUCGGAUUCGAUACGGAAUCUGUACGAAAAUUGAGCGAAGAGAGUGAGAAAUCUAAGGAAAUGAGUGAUCGCGCGCCCUCGUCUCCUCACGAGAGCGACAAAGACAUGUCUCCAAGUAACUUGAGGAGAUUUCGCUCUGUGAGUACAAGACUCAACAUGUGCAGUGUCAACGAAGGCCUGCCCACUGAAGGCCAGCAGGAAAGACUAGAGAUGCAAAAUUCGCCCCGUGUUAUCGAAUGUAGUUCUGCUAAAGUACCAGGAACCAAAUUCGAUUUUUCACCAAAGCUUUUAGCAGAAACUAUGAGUUCACCUCGUUUCUUUACUCCGCCCGAAAUGUCGUCGCCCAUGUUCUUCGCAGAACCUUCCCCAAAAUCAGUUUAUUAUGACAGUGUAAGAUCUCCGAAAUUCUUCCCUGAAACCCCACGUGAUGCCGAAGUCCCCCAAUCGCCAAAGGCGUUAGGUGACCACCGAAAUCGAACGAAUGGCAUAUCAGAUAAGCCCAGCUCACCUAGACUAUUAAGUGCUCGACCUAGCCCUAAAGUUCAUAGCUAUAAUAAGGAAAACUACUUCACAUUUGAACAAAGUUGUAUCGAAGAAAAUGCAGCGCGCAUGUCCCAGCGACCGAGACGAUAUGGAGGCAGAAACUCUAUUGAAAGAGAAAGAUUCACUCCACCCGCUGAUAAAGAAGUUAAAAGAUAUAGGCGACAUAAUAGUUGUGAUACAAAUUUCAAAAAUGUCGAAGUAAAUAUAACAAAAUGUGAUGAUAUUAAGGAAAAUGAAAGUGGACCUAAAAUUGAAGUAUUAGACAAAGAUGUAGUAGAUUGCUGUGCUAAACUAGAUGCUGUUCAUUUAGAUUCUAUUGAAGAUAGACAUGAAUUAAUGGUUUCGAAUUCAGCUCAAGCGAGGAGACAGAGAUUGAAAUCGAUAUCUCUAGAUUCAGAUAAUGCUAAAAUAAUUGAACAAAACUUAGGACUUCCAAUCGCCAAGCAAAUGAAGGAUCAAAUGAAUGAAGCAUAUAAAAAUCAGGAAGUUAGCACAUCUUGUGAAAGUAUGGACAGGCACCCAAAAUCUCCAUCAAAAGAACGUCCAGCGUUUAAAUUUGAUGCUGAACAAAAAGAUAAAAGUGAAGUGGAACCUAAGUCUCCAGAUCUUAAACAAAAGAAAAGUUUACGUCAAAGUUCAGACACUCAAUCAUUUUUAGAUAUGCCCAGAUUUUCGCCAAAAGAAUUCGAAAUUACAGUAACUUCAGAAGAGGGUGCCACUACUUCUGCCGAAACACAGAAUAAACCAAAAGUAAAGAAUUUACGAAAUCUAACAAUCGAUUUGUCAAAACGUGACAGUGAUUUGGAAAAAGAGUUAUUAGAAUUUGAGAAAUUAUAUACAGAUGCUGAAGAGAAAAAAGUUAAAACACCUACAUUGAAAGUGAAGGCAACGUCAUUAGAUUCCUCUGAGACAGUUAAUCUUUCGCUACCACAAAAGAAGUCUUUGGAAGUCCCACAGAAUUCGAUAUCGGUCCCAAAUACACCAAAGCGCCAGAUAAAGCGGAUAUUAGCUCAAAAGAAACACGACUUGUCAGGCGGUAAAAUGGGCUACAAUUCGAUACAAUCAAGUGCUGAACAACGUCGGUUGUUCAUGAAAGGCCAAGACAGUGGCAUAUUCCUACGAGAGAACCACGCGAGUUUAAUGUUAUACCAGCCAGGGACAUCUCGCAUGGGAUCGCGGACUAUGGGAUCUUUUGAUGAAAAUAUGAGCGAUAAUGCUCCAGAAAUAAAUAUUUCAGGAGUGGACAGCCGACCAGGUUUUCAUCCAGAAUCUGGUCAGACGCUUGGCUCAAAUCUUCUCAAUUAUAAGCAAAAUCUAAGCGUGUCUAGUACGAAUUUGAAGACAUUGCCAGAAGGAGUACCUUCUGAUGAUUUCGAACCUAGUGCAGAGGACGAGAAGGUAGUUAAAAAAUUACAUCGAAGGAACUCCAAUCAAAGUUUAAUGCUAAGCACUCAUAGUCUUCAGGGCUCGAAUUGUUCGUUAAGCAGCGCAGGCGCAUCCUGCCAUAAUUUAGCUACCGUGAGGACAAGUAUUUCGAAUUUUAGUUUAAACAAUGAUAGAACACAAAAGAAAUUGUCAUUAGAAAGACGAGAUUCUAACGUUUCUAUCAAUCCCAGUGAACAUUUAACACCAACAACUAGGGUCAUAUGUUCGUCAAAUACAAAUCUUUCGGGAGAAGUUUCCAAAAAUUGCUUAUUGCAGCGUCGUGGGUCAAAUAACAGUUUAACAUUAAAUAUACUGUCAUCAAACAAUUUAAGUCGACAUUCAAGCAACAGUUCUCUGAACAAAGAUGCAAAACUCGCCCAGAAAAAGGGAUUGUUAGAACGACGAAGUUCAAACACAUCUUUAACUUUAAACAUUAAUACGUCGAAUCCCCAGUUGUCAACCAAUAAGGGUCUGAGUAUCUCAAACUAUAACUUAAACGGGUCCACGUGCAACCUCAGCCGAUACAACAGCAACCACAGUAUCGAUAACGAACCGAGAAAGGGAAUUUUAGAGAGACGCAGCUCGAAUACCUCUCUUACUUUGAACAUUCAACCCCAAGAGCCUAGAGACUUGGAGAUAGACGAAACGAUGAUAGAUGCGAACUUGAAAGAUAUACCGCAUAGAGAUAAACAUAGAAAGUCUUUAAGCACCGAAAAUUUAAUACCAAAGUCAUACAAAAAUCGAACAAGACUACGAUCAACGGAGAAAGGUAUAGGUUUUGGAUCUCACGAUAAUCUCUGGUCAGCGUCAUUUAAUGAGCAAGAAUACGCGCAGAAUUUAACAUAUGUGUGUGGGGAUCAGGAGAAUGAGAUUAUUUACGCCUUCGGGCGCCAGGAGGACCCGAAUUACCAACCAGGGUUCGUCAGAAACAUCACUACCAAGCCACUAAGUCCCCAGAGCACAUCAGAAGAUUUCAGACUAUAUUUAGCCAAUAUGCAACAUCUCCAAAACGCCUCAAGCGUUCUAACACGACAACAAUUGAAGGACAUAAAUGAAGUUUUUCAAAAUGGCUAUUCGAAAGUCAAAUGUCUGACAACAAAUGAAGGCCAACUUUGUUGUAACGGCCGAGUAAAUGAAGACAUCGCAAAGGAAAAUCCGCAAAUGGUCAUACCAGAGCCUGUCUUAACCCAACCGUGUUCUGAGUACCAAAAAUUGUUGUUGCGGAAUCUUCAUCAAGAAUUUUGGGAUAUGCCCACAAAUUUUCAGGAAAAACCGAUAGUGUCCGGGUCUCAUCCUAAGAAUAGGUAUAAGACGAUCCUACCUAAUGAGCAUUCGCGGUUCAUUUUAAGAGCUGACGAAGGAAAUAUCGAAGGUUAUAUAAAUGCCAAUUAUAUUAAGGGGCAUGAAUACACGAAAAAUAGUUACAUCGCAACACAGGGACCUCUUCAAAAUACGAUGUAUGACUUUUGGCUGAUGGUUCGACAGAACAACGCUGAGUUCCGCUUACAGAAGCCCGAAGCAACUGAAAUAAUACAAAAAAUCGUUAUGCUAACAAACUUCAUAGAAAACAGUCGACAAAAAUGUGAAAAAUACUUCCCAUUAGAGAAAGAUGAAGAAAUAAGCAUCAAAAGUCCAGGUUUAGUUGAAACGGGUUUUUACUUGGAGGGAACGCCAAAGAAUUGCUUUUUGAUCAAAAACUUGGGAGUCAUCAAGAAAUCUGGUUAUACCAUCAGAAAAUUGGAAAUGAUAUAUACAUCCUGCGAUGUAUCUGAAGAUAGUUUAACGGUGUAUCAUUAUUGGUUUCAUAAUUGGGCUGACCAUAAAUGUCCUAAGGAUGUGAAUGCUCUGUUAAAUCUAAGUCUAGAUAUCCUGCGCGAGGGUAGUUGUGAUUUUAGUGACAAUAGUGAUGUGACAGAGGAACAGUGCAAGUGUAGUGACAGUCCCAAACCGGGCUCCAAGUUUGUUUUUCCACCGUUGGAAGAGCAAAUCCCCUGUCCAGUCCAGGUUAGUGUGUCAUCACCUUUAAAUUUUUCGAUAGACAACCCAUCGCCACCCACCAUAGUGCACUGUAGUGCGGGUAUUGGCAGGACUGGCUGCCUUAUAGCUAUUCUGAAUGGCAUCAAGCAAUUGACAAAUGAACAAAAGGUUGACGUUUUAGGUAUAGUGUGUAACAUGCGGUUAAAUAGAGGCGGUAUGGUCCAAAACUCGGAACAGUACGAACUGAUACAUAAAGUUCUAUGUCUUUUCGAACAGGCCUGCUUGCCCGAGUUA